AGGAGCCAUGCUAGCCUAUAUAAGCUGUUGGGACAUUUUCUUUYCCCCUACUUUCCUUCUGUCCUAACCAGAAAACCUACAGCUACUCCUGAGCUCACCAGAGAGGUUCAGAACAUCAACAUGGAUAACUGUGUUGAUGUCAAGAUAGAAACCAAGGGGGAAAGAAUGUCCAUGAAGCAGAAUGCACUGAGCAAAGGUGGGAAGAGAUUCUGCAGAGCUGUGGCUUACCUCACUGGAGACAUGAAGGAUUUUGGAACCUGGCUAAAAGACAAGCCUCUCGUGAUCCAGCUCCUUGACUGGGUGCURCGUGGGGUGUCCCAGGUGAUGUUUGUCAACAACCCCCUGAGUGGGCUGCUCAUCCUCGCUGGCCUCCUGCUGCAGAACCCGUGGUGGACACUCACAGGAUGCGUGGGAACGGUUGUCUCGACUUUAACAGCGCUUAUUCUGGGUCAGGACAGAUCAGCCAUCGCUGCUGGCCUGUACGGCUACAACGGGGUCUUGGUGGGGCUGCUGAUGGCCAUCUUCUCUGCUGAUGGAGACUACAACUGGUGGCUCCUGCUGCCAGUGGCACUGGUGUCCAUGACCUGCCCUGUUUUCACCAGCGCUCUAAGCACAGUUUUCUCCAAGUGGGACCUGCCUGUUCUCACCUUGCCUUUCAACCUGGCCCUGACCCUCUAUCUGGCUGCUUCAGGACCACACAACCUCUUCUUCCCAACCACUGUCGUUUCUCCUGCGACAGCAACACCGAAUAUGACCUGGGCAGACGCUGAUAUCAAAAUGCUCCUGCAAUCCGUUCCAGUCGGCGUGGGUCAGGUUUACGGUUGUGACAAUCCCUGGACCGGGGGAAUUUUCCUGAUUGCUUUAUUUAUCUCCUCCCCACUCAUCUGUGUCCAUGCAGUGAUCGGCUCGGCAGCGGGGAUGCUGGCAGGGCUGAGCUUAGCGACGCCGUUCAGCCAAAUCUAYUCGGGGCUGUGGGGCUACAACAGCUGCCUGUCCUGUGCUGCCAUCGGGGGCAUGUUCUUGGCUCUCACCUGGCAGACUCACCUCCUGGCCAUGGCCUGUGCACUCUUCAGUGCCUACCUGGGAGCAGCAGUGGCCCACAUGCUGUCUGUGUUUGGGCUGCCAUCAGGAACCUGGCCCUUUUGCUUGUCUGCGCUGACCUUCCUGCUAAUGACCACAAACCACUCGGCCAUCUGCAGGCUGCCCCUCUCCAAAGUCACCUACCCAGAGGCCAACAGAGCUUAUUAUCUGAUGGUGAAGAAACAUGAGAGGUCUUGCUGUGAGGCAUAGAGACCCGAGAGGAGAGACCCUGGGUAGAUUUUAAGGCAAGAGCAYGAUUUGUUUCCCUGGCAGACUGUGAUCUGUGUGCUUAAAAAGUCCAACACCACCUUCUGCCUGUUUUCCACCACAUCUGUCUGUUCUGUUAAGAAGAUUUCUAUUAGGUAGGACUGUGCUGGAAGGACCAUUCCCAAGAUCAGACAGUAAUGAUUUUAAAGCACACAUGUCUGAAAAGACACUUGAAUUAUAAGCGAUGGGAAAAGGACUUGAAAGCUGAAAGGAAAAAUCUCUCUGUGAAAUCGAAGACACAGCAAUCAGACGUAAAGAAAUAAAGAGCAUGUUUCGGCUUCUGAGGGGGCUUCAAAUUAAUGGCUAAAAACAGCUGAUGGCAGCAAUAGCAGCAGAGAAAAAGGAUUAAAGAGCGCUCUUUGCCAAGAAAAAAUAGGUUUUGAGGGAUUCUACCUGGAGGACCUCUCAAGCCCCGCAGAGAGAGAUGUUCAUCAGCAAUCAUCAUUGACUGUCAUGACAAUCAUCCAUCAAUAACAUAAGAUGGACWUGAUCCUCGUAAUUUUUGUGUUAAUCUCAUGAUUUCUCUUAAUACUUGAACUUGGUGAUGGGUUAGAAAAGGAGGGGGCAGCAAAAGAGUCAUUGCUGUYCCUUUCCUAUGCAAUAAAAUGGCUCCGUUCAGUCAGCGCACAAACAGAAAUAAUCUGAGUUGGUCUUCUUGACUUCUCUCCCUACACUUCCCCCCU